AUGUUUGGAGAACAUAGCUGGAGAGGGUUCUGGGAGUUCUUCUACUCCCUUCUACCUUCCCCGAGGAAGAAGGGAGUAGAACUUGGAGAGGCAGCAGCUGGCGUAACCAAGAAGCCGGGAGAGGCAGCAGCUGGCGUAACCAAGAAGCCGGGAGAGGCAGCAGCUGGCGUAACCAAGAGGCCGGGAGAGGCAGCAGCUGGCGUAACCAAGAGGCCGGGAGAGGCAGCAGCUGGCGUAACCAAGAGGCCGGGAGAGGCAGCAGCUGGCGUAACCAAGAAGCCGGGAGAGGCAGCAGCUGGCGUAACCAAGAGGCCGGGAGAGGCAGCAGCUGGCGUAACCAAGAAGCCGGGAGAGGCAGCAGCUGGCGUAACCAAGAGGCCGGGAGAGGCAGCAGCUGGCGUAACCAAGAGGCCGGGAGAGGCAGCAGCUGGCGUAACCAAGAAGCCGGGAGAGGCAGCAGCUGGCGUAACCAAGAGGCCGGGAGAGGCAGCAGCUGGCGUAACCAAGAGGCCGGGAGAGGCAGCAGCUGGCGUAACCAAGAAGCCGGGAGAGGCAGCAGCUGGCGUAACCAAGAAGCCGGGAGAGGCAGCAGCUGGCGUAACCAAGAAGCCGGGAGAGGCAGCAGCUGGCGUAACCAAGAAGCCGGGAGAGGCAGCAGCUGGCGUAACCAAGAAGCCGGGAGAGGCAGCAGCUGGCGUAACCAAGAAGCCGGGAGAGGCAGCAGCUGGCGUAACCAAGAAGCCGGGAGAGGCAGCAGCUGGCGUAACCAAGAAGCCGGGAGAGGCAGCAGCUGGCGUAACCAAGAGGCCGGGAGAGGCAGCAGCUGGUGUAACCAAGAAGCCGGGAGAGGCAGCAGCUGGUGUAACCAAGAAGCCGGGAGAGGCAGCAGCUGGCGUAACCAAGAAGCCGGGAGAGGCAGCAGCUGGCGUAACCAAGAAGCCGGGAGAGGCAGCAGCUGGCGUAACCAAAAAGCCGGGAGAGGCAGCAGCUGGCGUAACCAAGAAGCCGGGAGAGGCAGCAGCUGGCGUAACCAAGAGGCCGGGAGAGGCAGCAGCUGGUGUAACCAAGAAGCCGGGAGAGGCAGCAGCUGGUGUAACCAAGAAGCCGGGAGAGGCAGCAGCUGGCGUAACCAAGAAGCCGGGAGAGGCAGCAGCUGGCGUAACCAAGAAGCCGGGAGAGGCAGCAGCUGGCGUAACCAAGAAGCCGGGAGAGGCAGCAGCUGGCGUAACCAAGAAGCCGGGAGAGGCAGCAGCUGGCGUAACCAAGAAGCCGGGAGAGGCAGCAGCUGGCGUAACCAAGAGGCCGGGAGAGGCAGACCACAUAACUGGGACAUUUGCGGCAGCAACCACCCGUGCUCCGACGUCGUAG